AUGCAUCCAAUAAUCUUCUUCUCCAAAAUGGAUUUUAGUCAGAGCAAUUUAUUUGGAUACAUAGAAGACCUGCAGGAACUAACUAUUAUAGAGAGGCCAGUACGCAGGAGCCUGAAGACACCAGAAGAAAUAGAAAGAUUGACAGUUGAUGAAGAACUCAGUGAUAUUGAAAGGGCUGUUUAUCUACUCAG